AUGGCCUUCCUCCCCAAUGAAAUCCUCCUGCAAAUAUAUAAACACAUUCCUGAUUUCCGAGACCGAAGCAUCCUCCUGCGGGUAUGUCGGGGCUGGCACACACUCUUCUCCGAGAUUUACAACUCAGACCUCACGGUGAGGAUAGAAGGAGAGAACCUACCCAGUCUGGCACACGCCCUCCAUCAGAACUCGCGGUUUGGCCCCGCCAUCUGCAACCUGUACGUCGACAGCAUGUGGUGCGACGAAGAAGAGGAGUGCAAGAGUGAUGACGGGUUUGACGACAUCAUCGCGAAAUUCACCGCGCACGACGACGAGCACCAGGAAUAA